UUCACCAUUGGCGAAUGCGGCAUGCCCAUGGAGGAGGCCCGAUGUCCCCAGUGCGAGGCCCCAGUUGGAGGGUUGAACCAUCAGCUCGCUGAAGGCGCGAGACCAGCCGAGGAUAUGGACCGGGAAUUUGGCGAGACAGAACUCACCGAGCAGGACAUCAGGGAGGGGAUGAUAAUGGAGGAGCUGAGAGAAGAAAUGGUGGCCGGUGGAGUAGAAGGAAAUCUGAUCGAGAUGUAAAACAGAGGACGAAGAAACACUCGGUACUGUUUUGGAAGAGGUCAUCAGAAAACGCCAGUCAUGAAGGAUGGGGUAGUGGAAUAAAUUGCAAGAACAUGUGACUUAUUUUGGGAAGGUAGAAUGAAUCUAGAGUGCUGAGGAUUUGUCGUGCCCCUCCAUCCCUCCUCCAUCCUACAUCCACCAACCCACCCAUCUCUGAGCUGUCAAAUGCCCCUCCUUCCAUGCGGCAUUUUUCUCUCAUCUCUGCCCCUCCCCCUUCGCCUCUCCACCACCAUUCUAAUACCACACAUAUCAUGUUCGAGCAUGAGCAUUGGAGCAUGCAAGAAUUUCCCCCCAGCGCGUACAGCGGGAAAAGAAUGUGGCAGCCUUAUCAGGCGAGGGGAUGAGCGGAGCCCAGCGGCUAGGGCGAAAAGCAAAUUAAACUCGACCGAGAGUGCCUUGCAUGCAGCUAGCUGCCUACAGCUGCAGCUUUGUUCCCCUCCAUUCCACGUUUACUUUCCGCCUUCUGACCUCAACUGGGAAGAGAAAUUGACGAUCGCUCCCAAGCUUCGCUUCUGGGCUUUCCAGGUUCCGACAUCCCCGGCCAGAUUGGAUCGAUAUGAUACGCGCAACGGUUACGGGGAUCUUAUGCAGAAGAGGGAGGGGGCCUGUGUUGUGCGGGAGGUGCAAGCUGCUACUGCCUGCGGAUACGACGAUAGAUGGGUAAGUGUCUCUUGCUUCGCUGUGGGUGGUUGUGCUGUUGAUGUUGAGAACACACCAGAAAGCGAGAAGCUGAAGAUGUUGGGAUACAGGACCUGAGACUGCUAAUUUAGAAGAGGGGCCGAAUGGCAUCACACUGAUACGACCGCGCUCUAGAUAGACGGUUCUUGUUACGAGUGCAAUCGAAACAGACGAGCCAUAACCCCCACCACUCAAUUCGAACCCCUUCGUAUGGCUGCCUUCGCCUACACACGCCCCUCCUCUAUCCACCGCCCACCAUCCACACCUGUUUUCCUUCUACCCGCCGAUCUCAUUUGAGCUCUUGCUCGUCGCAGACAACAGGCCUCUCAGACACAUACAUGAUGCAGCAGCAGCAACAGCAGCAGCAGGCCAUUUGGGCAUUUCGACAUGCAGCAUACAGCUCGACCACCUGAUAACAUUUUAC